AUGGAUACUUUACAGGGGCUUCAUUUUUUCCUGUACAUUUACUUAAAAGUUACUCAAACAGAAGCAUCAUCUUGGACUAUUAAUGUGCCUUCCACAGUCAAAGGUCUAGCUGGCUCAUGUGUGGUGAUCCCCUGCUCUUUUAACUACCCGGAUCCACGAGGGAAGGCAAAAAGCUUCACAGGGAUUUGGAGGACUACUGAAGGAGUUCAAGUCCUCUAUCAUCAAGCUGAGUCUAAAACUCCGGAGCAGCAUCAGAGUCGAACAAGAUUUCUGGGAGACAUCAGUGAGAAGAACUGCUCUCUGAUGAUUGACAGUCUUCAACAAAAUGACCGAGGUCCUUUUUAUUUCAGGAUUGAAAUUGGAGGUUAUGACAGUGCUUCAUACGCAAAAAACAAAGUCUCCAUUUCAAUGAUUAGUGAACCAAACCCCAUUGACUUCUCUGUGCGAGAGGAGGUAAAGGAGGGUCAAACUGUGUCUGCAUCCUGCUCUGUGUCUCACUCCUGCCCCAAAUAUCCACCUGCUUUCCACUGGAGUCACUCUGGAGAGCAGCGUUUUCAAGCACAGCAGCUUCAAAAUGGCCAGUGGAUGGCAACAUCUACUUUGACCUUUCACCCAAACCACACUGAUCACAACAAACCUUUACAAUGCAAAGUGACAUACCGCGGGGGAAAGCACCAGGAAACAUCCAAGACCCUUAAAGCAGUGUCAUCCCGCUUUGUGAAGGCUACUUCAGUAAACCAUCGAGCGCUGUUAGCAUCAUAUAAGGUGGCGUACCAAAUUGCGCUGUGCAAAAAGCCCCACACCAUAGCAGAGGAGCUGAUACUGCCUGCAGCAUUAGACAUGGUCUCUGUCAUGCUGGACGACGCCAGUGCAGCAAAACUAAAAACUAUCCCUCUGUCCAAUGACACUGUCGCCAGACAUGCUCCAGUGAAUGUGAAGGUUGAGUAUCAGUCAGAUGUAAAUGAGGGAGAAACUGUGAACCUGAAGUGCUCCAGUGAUGCUAACCCUGUCAGCAGCUAUGAGUGGCACAGUGAAACUGCUGCUCUGCUGUACAAGGGACAAAACUACACAAUGUUAAAUGUCUCCAGACACUCAGUAGAGGCCCUGUACUGCACUGCUAUCAACAAGGAAGGACGAGCCAGAUCAAGCCUCGUGCAGCUUAAUGUGUUAUAUGCCCCUGACAUUAAGACUUCCUCUAAGUGCUCUUCAUAUGACGGCAUUAUAAAGUGUGAGUGCAUCGUAGAGUCUAAGCCUCCCAGCAUGGUUCACUUUGUUCUUGCUGACAGAGUCCUGCAAAGCACCAAAGUAGAAAAACAUGGCUCUGUUAUCACUGGGACUCUGCAGACAGACUUUGGGUCCUUCAAGCUCGUUCACUGCCUGGCAAACAACACACUGGGAAAUGCUAACCUCACACUCUCUUUACCUGUUAAUGACAACAUGCACCUUAUUUUUAUCACAUCUGGAGCAGGUGUGAGUUUGCUGAUUAUUUUGACAGCCACCAUAGUGGGAGUUGUUAAAAUAUGCAGGGGGCGAUCAGGAGGUGCAUCAACAUCUGACUUUAGCACCAUGAAAACACACAGACAUGUGGAGUUUCCUCAUUAUACCCCAACAAAAAGGAAAGAGGAUGAGGAUGCCCAUGGCAAUGACAUUUACACCAAUAAUAAUGUAUAUGGCAAUACUGACGGGGAUGAGUCAAUAUAUGCCAAUGUGUAA